GCCAUCAUACCGCGCAUGAAGUUGUCCACCCAGGGCGAACUCCUGGUGUGCGUGUCAUGCGCCGUGUACGUCGUGUACUACAUCCUGGUAGUGGUGCGCAAACCGCGGCUCGUGUGCCGCGCCGGCCGCCUACGCCGCUUCCUGUCCGGCGGCAUGGACGAAUUCAUCCGGAACUACUACUGGGCCCCGAUCUGGUGCUUCGGCGCCAACAUGCAGUGCCUCGUCGGCUUCCUCUACAACAGCUGGCUUCCGCGGCUGUCGUACAGACGCGAGCUGUUGGAGCUCUCGGACCGGGGCCUAGUAGCGCUGGACUGGGUGAAUGAGGACCAGACGGGUCCGGUGGUGAUCCUUGCUGGCGGCGGCUUCACGGACAGCCAGAGCCGGCCCUGGCGCGCCCUCCUGCCAGCGCUCACGGCUCUCGGCAAUCCUUGUGUAGUGGUCAACGGCCGCGGUUGCGGUGGCGUCCCUCUGACUACGAAUCGAAUCACCUAUGCGGCCAGUGUCAGUGACUUCGCAGAGGUAGUGGCAGAGGUGCGCAAACGGUACCCGACGGAGUGUGUGCUUGGUGUGGGCGUUUCCUUGGGCGGCCUGCAGCUGGCGCUUUACUUGUGCCAGUGGGGUCCCCGCGCGCAGCUAGACGCGGCGGUGGCCGUGUCGGCACCUUUCCAGUUGGGCCUAGCUAGCCGUAAUCUAGGGCGCUGGGGCACGAACAUGCUGCUCAACGUCUGGAUGACUCGCCGUUUUGUGCGCUGCCUGCGCGACAACGAGGAGGUGGUGCGCACGGCCAAGGUAGUCGAAGCAGACAAGGUGUUCAGUUGCUGGACGCUGUCCUCGUUCAACAAGCGCUACGCUGCUCCGGUAUACGGCUUCCCCUCUCUAGAGGACUUCUACGAACACUGCAGCCUCAAGGUGGUUACACAGAAGUCUCGUGAGCACCGAUAUAUUACAAGUUCCGGGCGUGCAUUGGCUCGUACGUGCAGGGAUGGCUGGGCAUGGUGCAGCGUCCCCCUGGUGUUCCUCUUCUCGUCGGACGACGCGCUGAACCCCCGCAGCGCCUCUCUGGAAGAGGAGAUCAUGAAGUCGCCGUGGCUGGCCGCCGUGGUGACGCCCCGCGGCGGCCACAUGGGUUUCGUGGACGGCUGGCUGUGGCCGCGACAGCCGUUCUACCUGGAGCGCUUCGUCACGUCGUUCGUGCAAGGUGUGCACCGAGUGUGCAAAUCUCGCGGCGUUCAAGUGUUGCACAACCUGGGAGAGUGACGAUGACUGGAGGAAAGAGCGCAUUUGCAUAGCUCACACGUCCUCGGCUGUACAUCAUACGCGCGGAAUUGUAAAAGCCUUUCGCCUGUCGUACCGAUCCUUUCUUUAUUGUAGAUAGUAAUGAUUUUAUACUUUCGUUGUGAUUGCAGAGAGUAGAAAAUGCUGCGUUGCACGAAACACGGCCGAAGCCGUUCGUGAGAAUAGCUGGUUGGUGAAUCUAACUUUCUUGCGACACAGCAACAAAGGCCUCGCAACGAAGUAAGCCCACUGUGAAACAAUACCAUGAAAUUUCGUCGAUUGUCGCUUAAUGUUAUUCUGUUACAGUGUUUCUAGCCCUUUAGUUAGUAGUAUUUAUGUGAUCUACUUCAUCAAAGCCAUGUAACAUUCGAGGCGGGUGGGAUAAAGAAAGUAAGGAAGUAAAAAAAAAACCACAAAACGACAUAAUGAACAGAUCAAAAAUUUCCCAAACUGUUCAA